AUGGAUAACAUUAUUGAUACUUACGAAAUAAUUGGAAAAAUUGAUGACCAAAAAUCAAUUUCUUCAAAUAGCUUGUUAAAUAAUGAAGAAUUUAACGAUAUUUCUUGCAUCGAUAUAGGAGAUAAAGAUUGUUGUGGCCUAAACAAGGCAGCCAAAAAUAUUAGCACGUUAGAUGAGGCAAAAGAGAAGGAGAUAUAUUGUAAUACAAGCGGAUACACGAAUGGGAAUGAAAAUGAGAAUGGAAAUAAAAAUAGUUCAUCGAAUUUACAAGAUGAAAGGAAAACGGACAAAGAACAGAUUGUAGGAAGUUGCAAAAAAGGAGAAAGUAAAAAUGUAAACAAGUCAAACAUGGUAAUGUGUAAAAAUGGAGAAACUCCUAAUAACGAGCAAGAAAUGAAUAAUAAUGAUACUAUGCAUGGGAAGGAUGCUGUGAAUGGGAAGGAUGCUGUGAAUGGGAAGGAUGCUGUGAAUGGGGAGGAUGCUGUGAAUGGGGAGGAUGCUGUGAAUGGGGAGGAUGCUGUGAAUGGGGAGGAUGCUGUGAAUGGGGAGGAUGCUGUGAAUGGGGAGGAUGUUAUGUAUGGGGACGAUAAUAAUAAUGAAAUAAAUGCAAGUAACUUGAAUGGAGAAAAUUGUAGUACCAUACUGAAUAACAUGAACGCAAGUAAUAAAAACACCUCAAAGGGUGAAGAAGGAAUUAAAAAAAUUUCCUCAACAGAGGAAUUAAAUAAAAGCAUGAGAAAUGCAGAUAUGAUAAAUGGUAGCAGUAUUAGUAGCAGCGGCAAUAAUAAUAAUAGUAAUAAUAAAGGUAAUUGUAAAAUAAGUAACAGUAAGAAUAAUUGUAAGAAACAUUACAAGGUAUUAAUUCACGCUCCUGCUUGUUGGAAGGGAGAAAAAUUUAAUUCCACACCAUAUAUUUUUGUUUAUGAUAAAACAACUAAUUUUUUUAUAUAUAGUGAAUCGCCUCUAGAAAUAGAAAAAUAUAUUAUUGAUACAAGUGCUGAUGAUUUUGAAAGUAGGGUAUUAACAAUAAUGUUUUAUGACACUCUUUUUGCAUGUUCUACAUCUUCCCUUCUUAUGAAAAAUAAUAAAGGAGAAUUACAAUACUUACCAAAACCACUUAGCGUAUUUUAUUUACCAUUAUGUAAGAUAGACCUAGAGAAUGAUUCUGUAAAAUAUAGGUUAUCCCUAAGAACAAAUGUUAUUUUAUGUGAUAUAAACAUAAAUGAAGCUAUUAGUUUAUUUAAUAAUAGCUCAAGAAUAAAUGGUCAGAAUGUAAAUAAAUUCAGUUUACAUUUUAUUUUGAAAAAUAAUAAUUAUACAGAUAAUGAUGCAUAUAAUUACCUGCAUUAUCCGACCAAAUUUUAUGGUGUGCCUCGUUCUAAUUUAUCAUCCUGUGUACAAAAAUAUAAGGGAAGUAACGAAAGGUUAUACAACAAUGCAACCAAAAAUAACACAAACAAUUAUGCUGACAUUGCAACUAAGGUUAAUGUUAAUGUUAAUAAUAAUAGUAAUAAUAAUUAUAGUAGUUGUAAUAAUAAUUAUAGUAGUUGUAAUAAUAAUUAUAGUAGUUGUAAUAAUAAUUAUAAUAGUUGUAAUAAUAAUUAUAAUAGUUGUAAUAAUAAUUAUGGUAGUUGCAAUAACGUCACUCGUAGAUACUUAAUGAAUUACUCGAGGAGUCAAGUACACACAUUUAAAAAUAACACUGUGGAUCAAGACCAACUUAUCUCACUAGAUAAGUUGAAGAAUAAAUGGGAACAAUAUGCGCAUGCGCAUCUAAGAAGGGACAACACAAAAAUUGGCUUAUAUAACGCAGGGGAAAAGAAAAACACAAAAUUAAACACAUAUAACAAGUCGAGUGGUGGUGAACCCUUUGUCAGUAAGAUGAAAUCAGAAAAAUCGUUAAACGUAGAAAGCGAUAGCAACAACUACAAAGUAAACAUAAAUAGAAAUGGCAAUAACAACGGUAUAAUUCAAAAUACGCUAAACCUUGAUAAAAAGGAUAAUGAAGAAAAUGCAAAAGAUAGCUUACUUAACAGUCAGCUGUACAACAAACAGAUGAAUCAAAAGUCGGAUGAUAACACAUCAAGUUACAGUAGAACAAAAUCUUACUACGAUUUAUUACGUAACAACGCAAGAUCAUAUAACGACUAUGACAUCAAAGAUGAUAUUUUACCCGAAGACAGCGCUUCUAUGAUACAUGUUUUUGAUAAAGAAACUGCUCGUUCGGAAAAGGGGAAAAAAAUUUUAGAAGGCGGAAGCACACUAACAAGCAACAUUAGAACUGUUAAUAAUAUGUUUACAACAUGCGUCAAGAAGAUAAUGAAAAAGAGGAGUGAAAUUAAUAGCGUUGAAUAUGAUCAUUCAGUAAACAAGGAUCCCGCAGAUAGCGGCCAUUCCAAAAAAGACUACGCCCAAAACGGUCAUACCCCUAAUAACCAUGCAAAUAAUAAACAUCCGGAUUCACCUAAUGAGGAAGGGACCCAAGAUAAAAUCCACUUCAAGGAAUAUGAAAAUAUGGACAACUUCAAUGAAGAACUAUCAGUAAACUAUUCUCAAAUACAAAAUCUCAAAUAUUUCAAUACAGCAAAUUCUGUAUGCUCCUCGUACUUGAAAAAUGAUGAAAACUUAAUAUUAGCUAUAAAAGAAAUAAAACAAUGGAUGGAAAAAAUAGAAGAUAAAGUUAGUACAAUAUCGUACGAAAAGAGUGAAGUUAACUUACGUUGUAUAAAUAAUAGUAAUGAUGUUAAAUAUAACAAAAUUUUAAAGUAUCUAAUAAAAAGUGUGAGAAAUCAUAUAAAACUAAAAAAUAGAAGUAUUUACAAAAUAUGUUAUUUAAAUAUUAGGAAUUUGUAUCUAAUGAAAAAAAAUGAUAAAGUAAAAUUUGAGAAUAAAUUAUUAAUAAGAAAUUAUGGAGAUCUUAAAAGUAAAUAUAAAAACGUGUUAGUAAAUUUAUGCAAAAACAUCUUCUUAAUAAAAUAUUAUGCUAUAAGGGACAAGUUUCAUUAUAGUAAAAAAUAUGAAAAUAUGAUGAGAUAUGUACAAUUAGAAAAAAACGAUUUAUUAAGUAUAAUUGAAGAAAAGAAGUUCGAUCAAGAAAAUAGUCUAAAUAUUAAUUUGAUGCUAUCAGUAGAGCUGAAAAAGCUACAAGAAGAAAAGGAAUCUAUUCUUAGUAAAAGUUAUUAUUAUAAAAAUGAAACGGAAAGUAUAUCUACCAAAUAUGAGUCUCUAUAUAAGGAUUUUGAUACCAUAAAAGAAGAAUUAGAAAAUAUAAAGAAGGAAAAUGAAUGUUUGAAGGACCAACAUGAAAAUAUGAAAAAAGACAAAGAAUCUUUAAUAAAAGAAUUAGGUGAUACCAAAGCAAAAUAUUUUAAUCUAACUGGUAUAUUAGAAGGAGAGGAAAAAAUGUAUGGUAAAAAAGUAGAGGAGUUAGAAAACAAACUUCAGCAUGUUACUCAAGAAAAGAAUAUUCUAAUUAAUGAAAUAAAGGACGAAAUUGAUACCUUUACAAAAAUGAUAAAUGAGAAAGAUGAAGAAAAUAUAAAAAUAAAAGAAAAAUUAAAAGAAUUAAAAAAUAUAGAAGAGAAGUAUAAACACACACAAAUAAAUUUUGGGGCUCUUAAAAAAGAAUUUGAAAAAAGUUUUGACCAAGUCCAAAUGAUAUUAAAAGAAAUGAUUCAAAAAGAGAAGGAAUACACCAAAAAAUAUAAUGAUUCUAUUAAAUUUUUGGAAGAAGAACAUAAAGAUAUAGUAGAAAAAUUAUUACAUGAAAAAGAUAAUACAAUUUACGAGUGUAAUUAUUAUAAAGAUUUAUGUAAAAAUCAAUUCAAUAAAAUGAUAACAUUUGAUGAAAGUUUAACAACAACAGAGAAAUUGUUGGAUCACGUCUUGUCCCAGUACCCGCAACUAUUUAAUGAUCUCAAAAUUAAUUCUAGAAAUAAUUUAUUAAAUAAAUCAUUUGGGAAAAUGCAUUAUGAAAAUAUACAGGCUGUGCGGGAUAACAUUAAACUAAUUAAAAAAUCGUUAAGCCAUUUUAAAAUGAGUUGUAAGAGCAGUUCAUACAAUUUUCAUACGUCUUCAGAUUAUAACAAAAAAUAUAAUUAUAAUAGUAAUAAUAAUAAUAGUAGUAAUAAAAACAGUAGUAAUAAUAACAGUAGUAAUAAUUAUUACAAAAAAACUAGCUACUCUUCCAGCGUAAGAAAUAAAGGAAUUAGUAGUCUUUUAAGACACUAUGAAAAUGAUACAAAAAAUCAAGAGGAAAAAAAAAAUUCCUAUUUUGAUUAUGAGCAUCUGGAUGAACAGAUACUCAGCAGGAAAAGAUCAAUCAGUAACAACGCCAAUAGAAAUGUAUCUAUGGUUUCUAUUAAUUCUCAUAAAAAUAUAGAUCUAAAGAAAAAAAUGGAUUCUUAUAAUUCUAUGUUGUACAAGAAUGUUGCACCGUCUACUAGUACAACCGGUUCUAUGAUUAGUAAAAAUAAGCCCCCCUCAGUUUUUGAUAAGAAUAAAAACAGUCAUUAUGGCACAAAAGAAGGAAGUCAGAUGAAUAGCAGCUCGAAAUAUUCGAAACAUAGUAAUAAGCUAAAUAACUCAAAUAAUCAGGGAUGCGUUAAAAUGGAAAAGGUUGUGCAAAGCAUUCUGAAUCAAAUAGACAAGGGGAAGGAGUACUCUGACAAUAACAGUGAAAGUGAAAGUGAUAAUGAAAUUAUUAACCGACUGAGCAAAGAUGAUAUGGCCAAUUAUAAGAGGGAAUACCACAAACAAUCUUGUAAAGGAAACGAUGAAUACAACGAUAAGCACGACGGUAAGCACGACGAUAAGUACAACGAUGAAUACAACGAUAAGCACGACGGUAAACACGACGAUAAGUACAACGAUGAAUACAACGAUAAGCACGACGGUAAGCACGACGAUAAGUACAACGAUGAAUACAAUGAUAAGCACGACGAUAAGUACAACGAUGAAUACAACGAUAAGCACGACGAUAAGCACGACGAUAAGUACAACGAUGAAUACAACGAUAAGCGCGACGAUAAGCACGACGAUAAGUACAACGAUACAUACAACGGUAAGUACAACGAUAAAUUUAACGAUAAAUGCAACGAUAAAAUCAACAAUGAAUACAACGAUAAAAGCAACAAUGAAUGCAACGAUAAAAGCAGCGACAAUUCUGAUAAGAUCAAUUAUAAGCAUUAUGAUAAAAAGGGAAAAAACAGUUUUAAUUUGAGUGCAACAUUGCAUGGAAGCCUAAUAAAAGACGUAAACGAGUUGAAGAACAUGGACGUUGAAAAUAUGUAUGAACAUCUGGGUUAUUCUGAUAACGUGUGCGUGUCAGAGGAUAUCGAUACAGGAGAUGGAGCAGGGGGUAAUGGUGGUGAAGUGGCAGACGAAGUUAUCGACGCGAAGGUUGAUGAGGUCGUUGACACACAGGUCGAUGUAAAUGCAGUUGACCAUUGUGAUGAGAUGAAAAAGCAUACACCAGAUGAUGAGAAAGAAUUGAAAAAUAGUCAUUUGGACAAGGUUGAAAGUAGUAAGAGUUCAAAUGGAACUGAUAAAAUUUACGAGUUUGACCAAAAUAAUUUCAAAGAAAUAAUUUCAUUCAUCGAAAAAAAUGUUAUUAAAAAUUCUGAGUCCAUUCAUAAGGAUAAGAAAAAUAAUGAACUCAAAAAUGGAUAUUCUAAAAAUGCUUCUAAUAAUAGCUCCCAUUUCGACGCUAUGGGUGAUAAGAACAAUUAUAUUAACUACUACGAUGACAGGUACAAUAAUAGUAAUAAUACUGCUAAUAUUAAUAGUACUAAUAAUAUUAACAGUAAUAAUAAUGAUGCUGCUAAAAUUAAUAAUAAUGGAAAAACUAUCCCCGAUAAAAAAUUCCUCUGCAAAAUAAGUAAGUUUUCCAAGAAUGCGAGUUCAUCCAUUACCCCCUAUAAAUCAUUGAAUUUUAAUAAUAAGCAAACAGAAAAACAUAAAAAUACUGAUAAAACAAUUAAAACGGCCUUAGAUAGUAGUUACAUUAAAAAUAUAAGUAAUAACACUAUGACACUAAAUUACAAAAGUAACAUAACACCAAACGUGAAAAAUGCUAAUCAGAAGAACGCGAGCUAUACAAUAUCAACAGCUAGACCAUUAAUAAACAGUUCAAGAAAAAACUCCCCCUUGAUUUACCAAGAGGAAAAUCAAAAAAAUUCUACUAAUAAUAAUGAGGGAAAUAUGAAAAAAUAUAAUAGUACUCAUUAUAAGUGCAAAAAAUUGGAAGAAUCAGCUAAUAUUAAAAAAGAUGAUCCACAGAAUGUGAACUAUUACAAAUCUUCUACAAUCAAAAAAAGUUUGACAUAUGAUGACAAGUUCAGGAAUAAAAAUACUGCCUCAAGUAAAACUCUUAUUGUAAGAAAGUGA